AUGCAGCACUCCAUCCCGACGGCCCACUCGGCUCGAAGUGAAGGGUUAUCCACAACCCGGUACGGGCGCCCCGACCCCAGUAGCCACGCGGCCGAGAAUGCCGAGAGUCCGGAUCUUGUUGUGAACACGGAUGAUAACACCUACAAAAUCAAGCAUGGUCUCGAGCCUCUGAGCUCACGUUUCCGCCAUGGAAUGAGGCAUGUUGAAGAAUUCGAUCUCCCUCUUACCGUGCAGAUUCCAAACUUGCCACCAGUUGUUAUGGCUUUUAUUGUCCUCACGAUCGGUUCUGAUGAACUCGCGGGCGGUGUCUCUGAGCUAGGAACGCCACUCUUGACGGCCGCGUAUAGCCUCUACGGGCACCUUAUCGCGAUACGGACCUGCCUCAAAGUGGUCCUAGAGCUCGCGGAUAAGAACAUGCACACACAGAUCCUCACGCCAACUCAAAUAUUUCUAGCAGCCAGCGUGCUAGCCUUGAACAUUGUUAAAAACCCCGGGAAACGCCUGGCAAAGUCUGACCUAGAGCUACUGGCCGCAGCCACGGAGCAUUGCUCGGAAAUGUUCCAAAGGGUCGGCCAAGAUCCCGAUUUCAUCCGGGGCUCUUCUUUGCUCGGAUUUGCCGGGUUACCCGUUCUAGAUGAGGCCGGUAUGGACUUCGAUAUGAAUCUACUGAACUUUGAGGAUCCGGCCGCUGGGUGGGGAGGUGUUGUGCCCUUCAAGGAGUUCCUCACGGCAAUAGCUCCCCCGCCUAGCGAAGCUAUAGAGCUCUCCGGACUUUUGGAACAGUGA